ACAUUGCAUAUUGCCAGUGACCGCCAUCACGCGAUAUCGUGGCGACACGGCUUGCUCGCACGAAGCGGCAACGUCGCAAACGCUAGGUCGAUCGCUCGGAACGGGAGCGGCGAGCGAGCGACUCGCCGCGGGACCGCGCCAGCCAGUCGCCCGAUCGCGUUGCUGUCGCGUACACCCUCGCGUGUAACGUGUUUCCCGCGCAAACAUGGCUCCCAAAACGAUAAAACUUAAAGAGAAAGUUAUAUUGAAACUUAUUAAAGAAAUCAGGGAACGACCGUGUCUGUGGAACUCUAAUCAUGAGGAUUACAAUGAUAGAUUGCAAACUAUCACCGCAUGGAAACAGAUCAAGGCGAUAUUGAAGAUACCGGACGACGUCCUACGAAUAAAAUGGAAAAAUCUCCGUGACACAUUUAAAAGGGAAUUUAGGAAAUACAAUACGGAGUCCCUCGAAGACUAUCCGGGCAAGUGGACUUUCUUCAAAUAUAUGUGGUUCGUACACGAGCCCGAUUAUCCAGUGGUCCCGGUAAGCGACGGAUCACUGGACAGCGAUGACUCUGAACAAAAUGAAGGUGUCAAAUCUGAACCUAUGGAAUCAGAAUACGUAGACGAAACUGCACACGAAGAACAAGAUCCCAUGCCAGUGAAAAAGAGGAGAUUGAGUGAGGAGAACGAAUAUGAUCUGAUGUUCCUGAAAUCCUUGGCGCCUUAUUUUAAAGAAUUAGAUCUAAUGAGAAAGUUAGUGUUGAGAAGUAAAAUGCAAGAUAUGAUACUGAACGAACUGGCUGCGCAGGCGUCUCAAAAUAACUCGUUCAAGACCAGUUAGUGCGUAGAUUAGAGAUUUGCUUUUUUUUUUAAGCAACUUAUAAAAGGUGGAGAACCUAAAUCUUUUUUUAUGAUUAUUCAGUUAUGUUUUUUUUUAUACAACUUAGAAUGGCAAACAAGCUGAUGGCUUACCUGAUGGAAAGUGGUAACCGUCGCCUAUAGACAUGAGCAGUACCAUGGACAUAACAGAGUAUACUGUUUCGCCCAUGAUACCCCCCAUGCGUUGCCAUUCCUGAGGACUCAGGUGUUAUUCCUGUACCCAGUAAAUUCACUGUCAUUUGUUGAUUUGAAAAAAUCUCAUUUAUCUGAAAGGUUAUACUUACAGAUAGGUUAUACUUACAUAUAGAUCCCUGAGUGGGAUUCCAUGGAUAGAUACUAUCAGUCAGUAACCAACCACUUUUCCUUUUUUGUUUAAACAUCAAUAAUACUAAGAUAUUUUGUUAAUUGUUAAUAAGAUUACAGUGCGCAUAAUCAAGGUUACUGGUGACCCGAGAACUGGUAGCUACACUACCCAUUGUACUUCAAAAUGCUAAUAAAUGUAAUUUGCUAGUUAGAAUAAACAAGCUCGAUGUGAUGCAUUUUAAUUAAGACUUUUAUACUUGAUCUGUUCAUGUAACUUAUUUAAAACUGUACUUAGUAAUAAGUAAUAAAAAAAAAAUAAAAGAA